AAACACCCCACCAGCGAUCUUCUAUGAUAUAUUUUUUUCUUCUCUCUCUCCUUUUUCCUGGGCCUUUCCCCCCUCCCCCCCAAAAACCCUCAAUAAGAGGGAACUUUUUCUCCAAGGGGGCUGCGAGUUGAAGGCCAUGAAUUUCGAAUUUGAGCGAGAGAUUGGUUUUAUCAAUAGUCAGCCAUCGCUUGCUGAGUGCCUGACAUCUUUUCCCCCUGUCGGUGAUACAUUUCAAAGUUCAUCAAUCAAGAACUCGACGCUUUCACACUCGACACUGAUUCCUCCUCCUUUUGAGCAGACCAUCCCCAGCCUGAACCCAGGCAGCCACCCUCGCCACACCAGCAGCAGCCGUCCCAAGCAGAGCCCCAAUGUCAGCAGCAGCAGCCCGGUGCCAGCCGGCGCCUUGCAGCCUCCGGAGUACCCCUGGAUGAAAGAGAAAAAAGCCUCCAAGAAAACUACCCUCCCGCUUGCUUCGGCCUCAGCCUCAGCCACUGGACCAGCCUGCCUAAGCCACAAAGAGUCUCAUGAAAUCCCCGAAAGUGGUAACGGUGGAUCUAGGAGGCUGAGGACGGCUUAUACCAACACCCAGCUUUUGGAGCUAGAAAAAGAAUUUCAUUUCAACAAGUAUCUCUGUAGACCAAGGAGGGUAGAGAUCGCAGCUUUGCUGGAUUUGACUGAGAGACAAGUAAAAGUCUGGUUCCAGAACAGAAGGAUGAAGCACAAGAGACAGACCCAGUGUAAGGAGAACCAAAACAGUGAGGGGAAAUUUAAGAAUCUAGAGGACAGCGAGAAAGCAGAAGAGGAGGAGGAGAAAUCGCUCUUUGAGCAAACUCUCAAUAAUGUCUCAGGCGCUCUUUUGGAAAGGGAAGGUUACACUUUUCAACAAAAUGCACUAUCUCAACAGCAGGCUCAGAAUGUACACAAUGGAGAGUCCCAAAGUUUCCCAGUUUCGCCUUUAACAAGCAAUGAGAAAAAUCUGAAACAUUUUCAGCAUCAGUCACCCACUGUUCAAAACUGCCUAUCAACAAUGGCCCAGAACUGUGCAGCUGGCCUGAACAAUGACAGUCCUGAGGCCCUAGAUGUCCCUUCUUUACAGGACUUUAACGUUUUCUCCACAGAUUCCUGCCUACAGCUUUCAGAUGCAGUUUCACCCAGUUUGCCAGGAUCUCUGGACAGUCCUGUAGAUAUUUCUGCUGACAGUUUUGACUUUUUUACAGACACACUCACUACAAUUGACUUGCAGCAUCUGAAUUAUUGAGAAAUUAAAGACGUCCUGUCGCCAAGGGUUAUGGCUUGUUUCAAAUUACUUUCUUUUAUUUUUCUUUUCCUGGUCAGUAUUUUCUGUUUAUUAAUUCCCUUUACUGUGUUCCAGAGCCAUUUUUACUGUUUCUUAUGAAGUUUUAGUUGUGUUCAGUUUAACCUAGCCACAUUCUAGGUCCCUCUAUUAAAGCAAUAUAUGAGGCCUGUAAGAAAGUGAUCAUAUAGAAUUGUAUCUUCACUUUCUUUUUAUUUUUGUAUUACAUUAGGAUGCGUUGUCAUAAGUAUUUUUGGUAGAAUAAAUUCUUGUUUGCUACAAGUAACUU